AUGGCCACAGAGGACAGGGAGAUGAUGGAAGCUCGGGGGGCAGGAGAAAACUGCCCAACCUUCCCCAAGAUGGCGCCUGAUGACCCCAUGUCUGAAGGGAAGUCAAGACCUUCUUUGGAGGCAGAGUCCCCGAAGCCAGACUCCUCCUACGACUACCUAGAGGAGAAGGAAGCUUGUGAGGACGGCGGCUGCCCAGGGCCCCCUAAGUCGCUGUCGCCCAAGGCCGGCCCCACCACCAAAGGCCAGGCGGGCGAUGGCCCCGAACUCGCAGAGCUGCCCCGCGCCCUGGGGAUCCCGGGGCCCGAGCGCAACAACACUGAGAUGGAGCUGGAGAAGGCGCGCAUGGAGUUCGAGCUCACGCGGCUCAAGUACCUGCACGAGGAGAACGAGCGGCAGCGGCAGCACGAGGAGGUGAUGGAGCAGCUGCAGCAGCAGGCGACGCCCCGCCUGUUCUCAGGUCGCCUCCAGGACCUCCUGCUCCCCCAGAACCAGUUUGCCAUGUUCCUGUACUGCUUCAUCUUUAUACACGUCAUCUAUGUCGCCAAGGAGAUGACCUUCUUCCUCUUCUCUAAGCACUACCUGUUCUGCAUCGCAGCCAUUUUGCUCUGUUUGAUUAAAACUUUAUGGUCAUACUUCCAAGUGCCUUGGCUCUCUCCGUCACUGGGAAUCUCUGUGCAGGAGAGUUAUUGGGACAUGAUCCAAGUCAGCCCCAGACUCCCUGCCUACUCUCUCCUGGCACCUCCUUCCCUCACAUGUGCCUCCCGCUCAUCAGAACCUGCUCUUAGGAAAGGCUCUGCUGUCAACCAUUUACACCUUAUUGUGAAGAAACCUUGUACGGAGCUGCAUUCUCACUGUGGAUGA